AUGAAAGCUGUUGCAGCCCUUUUGCUGGUGCUGGGUUGCCUGGCUGUCAGUCAGGCAUGGAGAUGCGGACCGGUUCGGCGGCACCUUGUCAAACAGGUUGACGCUGGAAUGGGAAUGGUGGUUGCAACAGACAUUGACAAUCAGGCCCACUCCCUGAGUGGACGCAACUGGUACAGGCUUGGCACGUUCAAGCAUGUCUCAGUGGGACCUUCUGGAGUGUGGGGGACUGACCCCGCAAACAGGGUCUACAGCUUGGGAGCUGGAUACUUAAGACGAGUCAAUGGUCUGACUAUGCCGCAGGUAGAUGCUGGUGGUGGUGGGCAGGUCGUCGGGGUAAACCCCUCCAACAAUUACAUCUUCUGUUUGAGAUCGGUUGAUGCUUUGAUUCAAGCGGUCAAUAACCGGUGGACUAGAAUUCCUGCAACCAUGAAGUACAUCAGCUGUGGCCCACUGUACGGAUGCUGGGGAGUUAACCAUAACUCCCAAGUUUAUGUCUCAUGGGGAGGAAUAUCACCAACCACCUGCAGCAAUAUUGGCUGGGUAUCCGUGCCAGGGCCGGCAAUGAAAAUGAUUGAAGUGGGGACAGAUGGAAGCGUGUUUGGAGUGAGUACAACGGGCACAAUCUACCAAAGACAUGGCAUGACCGCACGAUUCCCACAAGGCACCGUUUGGGGUUUAGUCCCGAUGUCCAUGACUGUCCAGCACGUAUCCUAUGACCGGCAGCAGCUCUGGGUCGUCACCAUCUCUCAUUUGCUCAUGAGAUGA